CUGAUUCUAUUUCAGAUAUUAAAAAUAAUAAUAUAUCUGAUUAUAAUCAAGAUGAUCAAAGACAACUUCUUUUAAACCAAAUUGAAUCAUUGAAACAAGAACAAUAUAAAGAAUUUAAAGAUUUUAAAUUAUAUGAUAAAAAAUUAAAUAUACAA